GCUGCUGAGCCAACUUGAAGUCGAAGUGCUACUGAUGCCGGCACCAUUUCCUUUUUCUCAGCUGCCUAUGAGGGAGAACUAGGCGUUGGCGACUUUGUGUUUUGUCCCUCGGCCCUGUCGUUGAUGCCGUCCUGCCUCUAGAGAAGCCUGCGCUCAGAACACCCCAGCUCUGUCUGGCAUCUGUGCCUCCCGCAUGCUCCCGCAGUUCACUCUACACAUCCCCACCGUCUCCCAAUGACAACCCGUGGACUCUCGAUCGAUGGAGUCAGAUUCCGAGAUGCAGAAGGACGUGAGGUGACUUUUCGCGGCAUCAACGUUGCUGGAGACUGCAAACUUCCCCGUCACCCAAGCCAACCCUCUCACGAACUCACUGGCUUCUUCGACGCCAAAAAUGUCUCCUUCGUGGGACGCCCUUUCACGGAGGAGGAGGCACAUAUACACUUUGCGAGGAUAAAGAGAUGGGGCUACAACCUGAUCCGGUACAUCUUCACUUGGGAAGCCCUGGAACAUGCUGGACCAGGCCAAUACGAUGAGGAGUUUAUAGAUCACACCAUCAAGAUCCUGCGGAUAGCAAAGUCUUAUGGACUCUAUGUCUUCAUGGAUCCUCACCAGGACGUCUGGUCGAGGUUUACCGGCGGCUCCGGGGCUCCCCUUUGGACUCUGCAUGCCUGUGGGCUGGACCCCGAGACCUUUGCAGUGAAUCAAGCUGCCGUUGUUCACAAUUCCUGGCCAGAUCCUGCGCAAUUUCCCAAGAUGCUGUGGCCGACGAAUUACACUCGUAUGGCUACCGAGACUACGUUCACCCUGUUUUAUGCCGGCCGGGACUUUGCACCAAACGCCAUCAUAGAUGGCAAGAACAUCCAGGACUACUUGACGGACCAUUUCAUUUCAGCCUGUGCACAUCUGGCCCAGAGAAUCCACGAUGCUGGCGGUCUAGAGGAUGAAUGUAUCAUUGGGUGGGAAACGAUGAACGAGCCGCAUCGAGGAUUGAUCGGUUGGGAAGACCUCAACGCGCUGCCAGACGACCUCAAAAUGAGGAAAGGAACAAUGCCAACUCCGUGGCAGUCCAUUCUGACGGGCUCAGGACGUGCCACCGAAGUUGACGUCUACGAUUUCAGCACAUUCGGGUCAUAUAAGAGCGGUCGAGAACUGGUGGAUCCAGAAGGGGUGUCGGCGUGGCUAUCGAAGGAUUUCGACGACACACAGUACGGGUGGAAGCGAGACCCAGGCUGGAGACUGGGCGAGUGCCUGUGGGCUCAGAACGGCGUCUGGGACCCCAGCCAAGACCAACUCUUGAAGCCAGAUUAUUUCGCCUCGAUACCCAAAUCGGGGGAGAAGUUGGACUAUCUCAAAUACACCAACAUAUACUACAUGCAACAUUUCCGGAAGUAUAGAGAUGCUAUCCGGUCGGUCCACAAGAAUUGUAUGAUUCUGGUGCAAUCAGCUGUUCUCGAAAUACCGCCGAACAUCAAGGGGACCGUCGACGAUGACAAGAGACUGGUCUUUUCCACUCAUUACUACGAUGGCAUCACGCUGCUUCAAAAACACUGGAAUAAAUACUACAAUGUGGACGUCUUUGGUAUCUUGCGUCACAAAUACUCCAACCCGGUAUUCGCUGUUCGGCUCGGCGAGACCGCUAUUAGGAACUGCCUCAGGGACCAGUUGAAGGCGAUACGUGAGGAAGGCGUGACAUAUCUGGGAGACCAUCCUACGCUUUUCACGGAGAUUGGCAUUCCCUUCGAUAUGGAUGAUAAAUACGCUUAUAAGUCUGGUGACUAUUCAAGUCAGAUCUCAGCCUUGGAUGCCAACCAUUUCGCCUUGGAGGGCUCGGGGUCCCAGGGGUAUACCUUGUGGACCUACGUCAGUCAGAACAAUCACCAAUGGGGUGACUUAUGGAAUGGCGAAGACCUCUCCAUUGUCUCGGUUGAUGAUCCUCUCCUUCCAAGCGUCUCGACGUUGUCUGCCCUCCCCUCUGUCAACCCCUCCACAGUAUCCCUGGGUCAGCAAUCAGCCUCCUAUUCAAGCACGACACUGUCUGACUCGACUACAAUAAACCCAUCAAACCUCAAAGACGCUCUGAUCACUCCUCGGAUCAAUCAAACCCCUCAAGCGAUCCAGGGAAUCGCAGAGGGAACGCCCGGCUUCCGUGCUGCCGAAGCGUGGGUUCGGCCCUCCCCAAUCGCUACCGUCGGUGACGUCGUGAAUUACGGCUUCGACCUGAAAUCCGUGACCUUCACAUUCUCCUUAACCUCAGACAGUGCGACAAAAGAAUCUGUACCUACGGAGAUUUUCCUGCCCGAGUUUCAUUUCCCGCCUGGGAAAACGCAGGUGGAGGUGAGUGGCGGACGAUGGAGAAUCGACGCAGUGGACGUCGAUGGUGAAGGCAUGCAAGUGAUGAAAUGGUGGCACGGGGCUGGAGAACAGAGUAUAACUGUCAAGGGCAUGAAGAGGAAACCUGGAGCGUUGAAUGAGGAGGAUGAUUCGGAAGCCGGGUAUUUGGACACGAUGCGGGAGAGCUGCUUGGUGAUGUAAAUCUGUAUGAAGCGGCCAGCUUUGGUCUUCAGCGAACUGUAUGUCUUGUUUGGGCGCAACGGAAGCGGGUUGGAAUCCACGGCUCUUUCUUGUUCAGCUGCGGCGACUGCUGUAUCUGAAUGUCACUGAUAUACAAUUGGCCGACUGCCUAUUUCCGCCUGGUGGCGAGAAAGAAGAAUACGAUGAAAUGAUGCAGUACAGUGUCUAACGCGAGUCCGCC